UCGGUGAUGUCACAUCCGCCGGUCAGCCCUGCGCAGCGCCCGCCUGGCUCCGCGCUCUUCGGGGUCAGGAGGGGACCGGCAAACUUUUCUUCUCCCGCCUUUCCCCCCCUGGCAGGGUGGGCUGGCUGCUGUGACGGCGGAGGGAGGAGGGGGCGGAGAGGCGGCUGUGGCGGGGCGUGCGCGACGCGGCCCGCCCGCUUCCCUCUGCCCUCUCGCCGGCUGGCUCUCUCCAUCUCUCUCCCUCCGCCUGGACUGGGCGCCCCCUCCCGCCGCCGCGCUCCCUCCUCGCUCCGAGAAGGAUGCCUGCGGAAUGAAUGAGCGUCCCCCGGGCUGCUGCCGCUGCCGCCGCCUCCCGCUGCCGCCUUCUCCUGGCUGUGGCAGGCGGGCGUGCAGAAAGUGGCACUGACUAGAGGGGUCCCUGCAGUGACUGAUGAAGGAGAGGCUGAGCAGGGAGGAGGAGGAGGAGAAGAAGAAGAGGAAGAAGAGGAAGAGCAGCAGCAGCCCAGCAGCCCCGGGAGCAGCAUGCAGCCCUCCGCCAGCAUCCUCAACCUCUUGCUCGUGGCUCUCUUGGCCGGCUUGGACCCUUCCAAGACUCAAAUCAGCCCCAAAGAAGGCUGGCAAGUCUAUAGUUCUGCCCAAGACCCAGAUGGAAGAUGUAUUUGCACUGUGGUUGCUCCAGAACAAAACCUUUGCUCCAGAGAUGCCAAAAGCAAGCAGCUUAGACAACUACUGGAAAAGGUUCAGAAUAUGUCUCAGUCCAUUGAAGUUUUAAACCUACGGACUCAGAGAGAUUUCCAGUACGUUUUAAGGAUGGAAACACAAAUGAAAGGGCUGAAGGCCAAGUUCCGGCAAAUUGAAGAUGACCGGAAGACACUAAUGACAAAGCAUUUUCAAGAGCUGAAAGAAAAGAUGGAUGAGCUCCUGCCACUGAUACCAGUCCUGGAACAGUACAAAACUGAUGCUAAGUUAAUCACCCAGUUCAAAGAGGAAAUUAGAAAUCUGUCUUCAGUCCUCACCGGGAUCCAGGAGGAAAUUGGCGCCUAUGAUUAUGAGGAACUCCACCAGCGAGUGCUCAGUUUGGAAACCAGGCUUCGAGACUGCAUGAAAAAGCUUACUUGCGGCAAAUUGAUGAAGAUCACUGGCCCUAUUACAGUCAAGACAUCGGGAACCCGGUUUGGCGCUUGGAUGACGGAUCCAUUAGCACCAGAGAAAAAUAACAGAGUCUGGUAUAUGGACAGUUACACCAACAACAAAAUAGUCCGUGAAUACAAAUCGAUAGCAGACUUUGUCAGCGGAGCCGAGUCGAGGACAUACAACCUCCCUUUCAAGUGGGCAGGAACCAACCACGUUGUCUACAAUGGCUCCCUCUUCUUCAACAAAUACCAGAGCAACAUCAUCAUCAAGUACAGCUUCGAUACGGGCCGGGUGCUGGCUCAGCGUAGCCUGGAGUACGCCGGCUUCCACAACGUCUACCCAUACACUUGGGGCGGCUUCUCGGAUAUCGACCUGAUGGCGGACGAAAUUGGCUUGUGGGCCGUCUACGCAACCAAUCAGAACGCGGGCAACAUCGUCAUCAGCCAGCUGAACCAGGACACGUUGGAAGUGAUGAAAAGCUGGAGCACUGGCUACCCAAAGAGAAGUGCUGGUGAAUCCUUCAUGAUCUGUGGCACCUUGUACGUCACCAAUUCUCACUUAACUGGAGCCAAGGUGUACUACUCCUAUUCCACGAAAACCUCCACGUACGAAUACACGGAUAUCCCCUUUCAUAAUCAAUAUUUUCAUAUAUCCAUGCUUGACUACAAUGCCAGAGAUCGAGCUCUGUAUGCCUGGAAUAAUGGGCACCAAGUCCUGUUCAAUGUCACUCUUUUCCACAUAAUUAAGACUGAGGAUGACACAUAAACUCAACCUUGAUAUUCCGGCCACCUGAAAGCAGUGUCAUUUGUGCUGAACUCAAAAGCAUUCUGCUGGGUUUCUCUUAAGUUCUCUUUUUUCCAGUAAGAAUUAAAAAAAGGAAAUGGGGGGGGGGAGCUUUUUCUACAGUAUAAUGUAUUCCAAAUAUGGCGGAGCCUUUAUUUAAAAUGAUCUAGAUGGGAUAAGAGGUAACUUUCUUAACUCUACACCAGGCCUGCCAUGACUUUGUCAUGGAAAGCACUAAAGUUUAUUUCAGUGGCUAAAGACAUUGUUUAAAAAAUAAAAUAAAAAAGAUUAAUGAUCUGCCUUAUAGUAGAGUCAGAGACUAAUGGUGGCUUAACUGCAUGAAUGUCUUUUUCUACCAUAUAUCAUUUUUUUAAACAAAAAGCAAUCUGUCUAAUUGCUCAACAUCAAAAUAUAUUUGGACAGUAAUCUGAAAUAGAAUGUGCAUCAAUAUUAGUUGGGUUUCUCUUUAAAACAACAACAACCACACUCUCUUCUAAAGUCAAAUACUUAAGAAUCAGAUUUCUUUAGAGGUGAAAAGAAGUAAAAUUCUAUUGGCUGUUACACAAUUUCAGAUGCGGUGCUGUACAGUCUGUUUUUAAACUUCUUGCAAGCAAUUUCUCAGUGAUACGUAUUUAUACCAUUGUGUCCACCAUUGUGCAAUUGUAUCUCUUCACUUCUGUGAAAGUCAACUAUUUUUUAUAAAAUAUAUUGAAGUUUGA